UUAUUUUUGCUUUUCUUGUUUGUACUGCACAAGGAACUGAUGGACAUCACUAAGGACCCUCCUCCCAUGUGCUCUGCGGCACCGGUGGAGAAUGACAUGUUCACAUGGAGGGGGGUCAUUGUGGGCCCCGACAAUAGCCCUUAUGAGGGAGGGGUCUUCUCCCUAAACAUAUACUUCUCACGAGAUUACCCCUUUCAGCCUCCAUAUAUUUACUUCACCACCCGGGUAUACCAUCCCAAUAUCGACAGAAGAGGGAAUAUCUGUCUAGAUAUUCUCAAGUCCCAGUGGUCGCCUGCCCUUACUAUAUCUGAAUUGUUGUUAUCCAUUAGCUCAAUGUUAUGUGACCCCAACCCUAAUGAUCCCUUAGAUCCAUCAAUUGCAAGAAUGUAUUUAACAGAUAGGGAUACAUAUAAUGCCAUUGCUCGGGCUUGGACCAAGAAGUAUGCAAAGUGA